AAGUUGAUAGGUCGUGUUAGCAUAAACGGCAAGACGAAUACACUUUUGCAGCAGUUGUCUAGUUGCUAAACAGAAGAAAACGAAGUUGUUGUGGUCCGGGAUUUGACUCAGCUAAUAUGUCGCGUGAAAUAAAUCGUUGGUGAAACAGUUUCAAACAAGUGUUACGCGACUAAUAUACGCGAAACACAGCUGUUUUAUCAUCUUUGCUUGUUAGCUAACGAUAGCACGUUGCUAACUGUCCUUGCUGCGCUGCUAUGUCGCACCAAGUGUUUGUGUCUCUUGGCGAUAGCUUGGUCAACACAGUGGUAAACUAAUUCUAGGAGAAAACACAAAAGAUGGCUGUGUCAGUGCGGGGCUUGUACUUCGUGGUGACCCUGUUUCUGGGUAGUUUUUUUGGAAGCAUCUUCAUGUUGGGUCCAGUCCUGCCCCUCAUGCUGCUGUCUCCUGCUUGGUAUCGCUGGAUCACUGAUCGCAUCGUAGCGACCUGGCUCACCCUGCCUGUGUCUUUGCUGGAGCUGGUAUUUGGAGUGAAGGUGGUCAUAACAGGUGAUGGCUUCAUUCCCGGGGAGAGAAGCGUGAUCAUCAACCAUCGGACACGACUCGACUGGAUGUUCCUGUGGUGUUGUCUGCUCAGGUACAGCUACCUUCGUCUGGAGAAGAUCUGCCUCAAAGCUGCUCUCAAAGCAGUUCCUGGCUUCGGCUGGGCGAUGCAGGUGGCCUGUUUUGUCUUUAUUCAGCGUCGUUGGGAAAUGGACAAGAAGCAUUUGGAGAACAUGUUGGACUACUUCUGUGACAUCAGAGAGCCUCUGCAGCUGCUUCUGUUCCCCGAAGGCACAGACCUCACAGAAAAUACAAGAGCCAAGAGUGAUGCAUUUGCUGCUCAGAACAGCCUGCCAAAGUUCGAGUAUGUUCUGCAUCCCCGGACCACUGGAUUCACCUUCAUUGUGGACACAUUGCGAAAAGGAGACAACCUGGAUGCUGUCCAUGACAUCACUGUAGCUUACCCCAAAAACAUCCCUCAAACCGAACGUCACCUCAUCCUGGGCCUUUUCCCCCGUGAUCACUUCCACGUCCGCCGUUACCCCGUGACUGCACUCCCCUCCUCAUCUGAGCUGGAGUCAUGGUGUCGCGAGCGCUGGGCUGAGAAGGAGGCCCGUCUGCGGGAGUUCUACUCCGGAGAGCCACGGGGCUUUGACAGGGACGGCGUGGCGCGUGUACCUCCGUGUAAGACGGAGCUGAGGGUGGCUCUGAUCAAAGCCGCCUCUCUGCUGUACUGGACCGGCUUCAUAGCUCGGUGCUUCACCGGCCUGUGGCUGUGGGCUCCGUUCAGGUUUCUACUCCUGGUCAUGGUCAGUGUAAUCGUGGCCCAGCAGAAGCUGUUCGGAGGGAUGGAGCUGCUGGAGCUGGCCUGCCAUCAAUAUUGGAAGUCCAUGGCCAAGGACAUGGAUGAAAAAGAGAAAGUGCUGGAUGGAAGAUGAAGUGAGGAUAGAAGAUUGUGUUUCUGUCUUUGCUUAUGGAGGACCCUGAGGACUCUGCUGUGCUGGCCUGCUCAGUCCACAGGGUGUGAGCAUCCCUCUACGGGAUCCAACAGCCCAUGCCUUAGAAAAGGAGUAAGAUGUGCACCUCCUGAUAAUGCAUGGCUAUAGAGGAGGGAUCUUUCUUUGUUUAGAAGAAGCUAAGAGGAAAUAAUGAAUGUUGUGUACAUAGGUUGGGAAAGAAUACAAAAUACCAAGUACUGGAUACUGGGAAAAAAAAUGUGAGUUUUGGUUCUGCUUAUCGGCUCCUAAAUGCCAGGACUGUUUUGUUAAGCUGAGCCGGCAUGCAUGGCUGAAGUCGCAACAGUUUGAAGAGGGAUGCAACCCUGUGUGCAGACAGGAGAUCCAUCUCUUAAAAUGAGCAAAAAUGUAUUCAACACGCCAUUCCCUAACUGUUAAGACGGAUGCACCCACAUGUAAUUACUUUUAGAUAUUCAUCUGGUCAAUAUACCCAUUAAGUGUCAUAAGUAACAACAGUCGGUGACAUGCGGGUCCACACAGGCACAAUUUUUUUUACCUCAGAAUUGUCUUUAAAUGAGUGUGGUCUGAGUCCUAAGUCGUGCUAAUGUUGCAUAUGAAAGUGAAAGAAAUGUAUCUGCAAUCAGUCUGAAAUCUGAAUCAUCCCCUUACCUUGUAUACAGUUGUAUACAAUAUAAUAACAUUAUGUAACAAAAGGGUACAUGUUUGGUGUAAAAUACAAAAACAACAAUUUAUACCAAAUGCAAUAUAAUAUUGAUGUAUGGUUUUAUAUAUUAAUAUGUCAUUAGUGUUUUUUCAACAGGUAACUGAUGUAAGAAUGAUGAUUGAAUCAUCAGAAUCCAAACAGGGAAUCGAUCAGAACUAGAUCGAUAAGCAGAACUGGACCUGAUACCCAACCCUAAAUGUACAUUGUAUCUGUGAUGGGUUCAUGGAAUUCAUCAUGUACCGUGUCACGUUUGUGUUUCUCUUCGUAUAAUCAUUACUGUAGGUCAGUGUUGAUACAUUUCUAAAUGUUUCUGUUGUUGGUGCUUAUCAUAGUUGUUAGCGCAGAACAUCAUUGUGGAAGUGUCAUCAAACAAUACGGUUAGUAUUUGUCGUAUUGUUUCCAUGUCGUAGAACUGGUUUUAUUUGACAGUUUGAGGUUUCAUCCGUGUCAUAAAUGGAACAGAGCCAUAGUACAGGCUCCUGUACAUAUGAGGACUUGAGUACCAUUAUGUAAUUCAUUGCUGUAGUUGCCACAUUAGACCAUUAGUUCUAGUUAAGUCAGAUUUGCGUCUCAGAACGAUACAAUUCCCAGUGAAUUAUUACCAGGUUUAAGGGUAUAUAAAUAUACCAUUGUUUACCUUUAAUGGGUAUAAUUACCCUUUUCUACCAAUUGGGGAAUCAACUUUUUCCUGUUAGGGAGAAUGUUUGUGUGUUAUUACUGUAUAGGGACAUGUUAGUCUGCAAGUGUGUUUGACAUAAAAGCCAAAGGUGAUAAUAGCAGAUGGAAUCUAGAAGAAGUAACCAAACAGAAUGUGGUCUGUCAUCUUAAGAAACCCAACUCUGGGAAGAUGGACGAGGUAGGGCUGGGUGAUACGGCAAGAAAUAAGAUCAGAUAAUCCCAUUUCUGAAUCACGAUAUUUAUAUUUUUUCCCGCUAGUUUGGAGAGUAUCCUGAGAUGACUUUACACCUUAAGAAAGAGUAAUAUGGUGACACUGAAAAGAGAAAACAAUCUGAUACUUAAAAUAGUCAUAUUAAGGCUCAUUUAUGCUCACUUUAUGUAUGUAAAUAGGUGCAUUUGUUUCUAAUGUUGUCAUACAUCACUGCCUUCAUACUUCUGUGCAUCCUGUACGUUGGAAUGAGCGUUUCUCAAUUAAUCCACCAGAGGGCGACACUCUUAAUUACCAUACUGGCCCAAUACCACAAAGAGUUGAGUUUUUCGAGAAGAAGAGGAAUGUCAAUAAUAAAUAAGUAACAAACAUGGCGACGACAGAGGAGGUUUUACUAAUGUGGAUACUAAUGUUAAUAUUGACAAGGGUAGUUGUCAUAAAUGUUUCGGUAGUUCUUCACUAAUGCAGACAGUCGCUCUUUGAAAAGUUCUGCUAUUUAUUGGAAAUUAUUCUGUUCAAAUCUCCACACUGCCUCCAGUGUUCUGGUGGUACUGCUCCAUUUUGUCCAUUUGGGUAUGCAUCUGCAAGCUCCCGGAAAACGGACAGACGUAUGCACGCAAUGUAUGCAGGGGACAGACAGAACGCUCCGUCCGUAUCCAUUUGCAUCUUUAACGUAGAGCAUAAAUGAACCCUUAUCAUCUUAUAGGAACAUGUCAGUAUUUGAGAAAAUAUAUAUAAUUUAGAGGGAAAGUUAAAAAUACUGUGAGAAAGUUGUAAGAAGAGACUAAAAUAAUAUUUUGGAGAAAAAAAAUCUGUGUGGCUCUAUUGAAUCCAACAUUGAGUAUAGAUGUCUGAAUUUCUGCCCUGUACUUGAACACACCAUGACUUUCAUUGUCCUCACACUAGCUGUACAAAGCCAUGUAGGUUUCAGGGUUUAGUCCAGAAAGAAUGUCUUUAAAUGGAAACCAGAACAUACUAGAAACACGGCUGAGUCUUUGAUCACGAGGCUGUUCAGUACAAACAUGUCACAUUUAUUUCUUCAGUUUACCAGGCUGUAUCUGUAUCGGGUACAAAUGUCCAAAGUGUAUCGUUAAUGAUAUACAUUUUGCCCCAUUUUGAGGUCAUUGUAUCGCCCGGCCCUACACAGUUACCUUUUACAUCAGCGUUGCAGGUCUUUGUGAGAUGUCGUAUGUGGGAAGCAGAUGAGCUUUGUGCCCUUUCAGGGAGUGAAGGGAUGCCUUGUAGAGUCAGAAUGUGGGUGGUGCUGGGCUAGAAGAAUGUCCUGUUGGGACAACAUUACCCCUCGAUGUGCAGGGUGGCACUGAGGACCAGACUUGGAGUGGAAAACUGGCCCUGAACUCGACCUAAUCCAAAAAAGCCCCAUAAUGCCCACCUCUCACAGUGCCCCUCUUGGGGGACUGGCACUGAUGCGGCUGCUAAACUCAAUUAGCAAAUGACAGCUGUGAAAGCUAUUCCAAUUGUGCCAAAAAAGGACAGAAAUUGAAAUAAGAUAGAGCGGUGCUUCAGGCACAGUUUGAGUCACUGACCCUUCUUGCCAUUCUCCACAGUAGAAACCAUGCCAUAGAAAAUGCUGUCUCUGCGGUUGUUUCCGUAACUCAUGUGAUGAUGUAGCCACUACAGCCGCUCAGACAAACCAACACUAUGUUUAGCAAACACAAAACUAGGUUGACUGAAGCGUCUUUAUUCAUGUGAGUCUGUAGCUCCUGUAGUUUAGAUGUUAAGGAGCUCUUUUCCUUUCACUGUGAUUCAGCUGUUUUAUAACAGUUUAAUCAUCAGCAUGUAGUAGUUUACCAAACAUGGUACCUGUUCAUGUUUAAGACCCCUCAACCAGCUACAAUCUACAUGUAUUCUAUUGCUGUUUUAUUUUUGUUAAUUUGCCUAUUUUGUAAUCACAGCUGAUGCUGGACCUCCUUGAAGUCACUGUCCUCAGGUAUUUACAUUGGACACUGUUAUAAGUCAGUCUCUUAAAGGAAUAAAUAUAUCUAAAUAAAUGAAUAUACUCUAUAAACCA